AUGACAACCGCUACAGUGACAACUACAAAUGCGACUGCUAUGACACGUAGCAAUUCUAUAAACAACACAGACGACAGUUCAUUCCUCUGGGAUGAUCUAAAACAUUGGCUCACACCAAAGCACUCAUUACCAGAAGCAAUUCAACUUUUCCAAAAUGAAUUGCAAGAAAGAUUAAACACAAGCACAGUAUCAAUGAUCCCAACAAAAUCACUAUCGAAGGGUAUCAGAUCAUCAAUAUUAGAUAACGUCGUCGCAGUAAAUCAUAAACGUAUAUUAGCUAUUGAUUUUGGAGGUACGAGAUUGAAAUUCGCAUUCGUUUCAAUGCCUGAUUGUAAAAUUCAAUCACAACAUGAUUUAGAAAUUACAAAUAAAAUAGUUAAUCAAGAUUUCUUCAAUGAUAUCAUUGGAUGGAUCGUAAAUCAUCCUUCAUUUCUAUCCAAUUUGGAUAGUAUCGAAGACAUCGAUAAUGAUUUAUUGGUCGCGGUAACUUUCAGUUUCCCGUUGAAUGAAAGGAAAGAAAUUGUAGCUAUGGGUAAAGGUUUCGUAAUGACUGAUGAUCUUGUUGGUGUUCCAUUAGAUUCAAUAUUGAAAAAAUCGUUUAUUGAAAAUGGUAUGCCAAACGUGAAAAUUGGUGAUAUUAUUAAUGAUUCUGUCGCUGUUUAUUUGACUAGUGAGGUCUUUUGUCCACAACAAAUAAUUGGCACCAAGGGUGAAAAUGAAGAUGUUAAUUCAUUCUCUCUGAUACUGGGGACCGGUACUAAUUCCUGUUUUGAAUUACCUUUUGAUUCAUUACCUGUUUUUAAACAAUGGCAGUUUAAAGAUUCUUUGAAGAAAAAUGAAAAUGUGAAAAGUUCAAUUAUUAACUCAGAAAUCGGAUUUUUGGGUACUUUUAUUGAUUUAGCUCCCUUUGAUAUCUCUACUAAUCGCUACUCUAAAAUCAAUAUGCCUUUGGAAACUAUUACCUCAGGGAAAUAUAUACCGAUUAUCUUACAAAAUAUAUUACAAGAUUACCACAUCAUUUCAAAUUUACAAUCAUCUGCCAUUAAAUUUGAUGGACAAUUGGUAUGUGAAUUAGUAAAACAAAAAAAUUUAACAAAAUUGUCUUUGAAAUAUGAAGAAAAGUUCGGAUUAUCAUUAGAACAAUUAAUUAUAGUUCAAAAAAUUGCAAUAUUAUUAAUACAGAGAGCCGCUUUUUAUCUAGUGGGCGCAUUAAAGGCAAUAAUAAAUUUAAAAUAUACAAAAAUUGUUGAAGAAAAUGAGAAUCAAGUUUUCCAAUUUGGUUACGUUGGGUCAUUCUUACAAUAUUGUACUUUUUUCCAAGAUCAAAUAUCAAUUUAUUCAAACAAUACCAUUCAAUUACAAUUCUUGGAGGAUAGUAACCUAAUAGGUGCUGCAAUUGCUGCCUUCAUGAAUUAA